AUGGUCCUCAAACUUUACGGAUUCCCUCUUUCCACUUGUACUCGUCGAGUACGCACCGUCCUCGCAGAAAAGGGUGUCGAGGCCGAAUUCCACUCAGUCGACCUGGCCAAGGGCGAACAAAAAUCAGAGUCCUACCUGAAUGACCUGCACCCAUUCGGCAAAGUUCCCGUUCUCCAAGACACUGAGACGGGUGUUCAGAUUUUCGAAAGCAGAGCCAUCAACCAGUACCUUUCCAGCAAGUACGCCGGGCAAGGAACCACACUCUCCCCUCCCGAGUCCGAUCUGAAAGCCUGGGCUCUGUACCAACAGGCACGUAUACACCCCGUCGCAUACACGAACCACACUAACAGGAUGCAGGCUCUCUCUAUUGAACAAUCCUACUUCGACCCGAUCGUUUCCCAGAUCGCUUUCGAGAAAGUCUUCAAAGUCCGCAAGGGUCUCGGUGAGACCGACGAGGCUCGCGUCCAGGUCCUCUUUUCGCAGCUCACGCCCGUCCUCGAGGGCUAUGAGCGCGUUCUUUCCAGGCACAAGUACCUUGCGGGUGACCAGGUGACACUUGCGGAUUUGGCCCAUCUGCCGUAUGGGGUGUUUGUGGAGCAGUUCGGUUUCGCUGAUCUUCUGCCAAAGUAUCCCCAUGUUCAGAAGUGGUGGGAGGAGCUGAAGGCGAGGGAGAGCUGGAAGAAGGUUACUGCUUAG